AUGUCGACAUCAGUAUUUGAAGACGGUGAAUAUUUAACUUGUCCAUUUGAUUCAGCACAUCAAGUACUUUCGGGUAAUUUUAAACAUCAUAUUAAUCGAUGUUCACAAAAUCAUCCAAAUGUAAAAAAACUUCAAUGUCUUUUUAAUCAUGAGCAUAAAAUAGUACCUAAUAAAUAUUACGAUCAUUUAUGUGAAUGUCCAGAUAAUCCAUCAAAUUAA